UUGGUGGGGUGAUGGGAGCGACGGGUCCCGCCUCCUCUCGCGGCUCUUAGUGCCGGGGAGGCCUGGGCUCGCCUGGCUGGGCCUGUGUCUCGUCGCCGGGCGUCCGGCUCUUGGCAGCGCGGGGCCAUGGCGCAGCGGAGAGCGGCGGAGCGGGGCCCCGGCGAGCUGGCGAGCGCCCGGCCCCAGCAGCAGCGCAUCGAAGGAAAGGCCCAUAUAGAAGGUGGAUCAGCACGAAUGUCACUCCUCAUAUUAGUGUCCAUCUUUCUAUCUGCUGCUUCGAUUAUGUUUUUAGUAUAUAAAUAUUUUCCACAGCUUAGUGAAGAAGAGAGAGAAUGUAUAAAGAUUCCCAGAGACAUGGAUGAUGCCAAGGCCUUAGGAAAAGUCCUCUCCAAAUACAAAGACACCUUCUACGUCCAAGUAUUAGUGGCUUAUUUUGCCACAUAUGUUUUCUUGCAAACAUUUGCUAUACCCGGCUCUAUAUUUCUCAGUAUCCUCUCAGGGUUUCUUUAUCCAUUCCCAUUAGCCUUAUUUCUUGUCUGUCUGUGUUCUGGACUUGGAGCCUCUUUCUGUUAUAUGCUUUCAUAUUUAGUUGGACGGCCAGUUGUGUACAAAUAUUUAACAGAGAAAGCAGUGAAAUGGUCAGAGCAGGUUGAACGACACAGAGAACACCUCAUUAACUACAUAAUAUUUUUGAGAAUAACGCCUUUUCUUCCUAAUUGGUUUAUCAAUAUAACAUCUCCUGUAAUAAAUGUACCACUGAAAGUAUUUUUCAUUGGUACUUUUCUAGGUGUUGCACCACCAUCUUUUGUAGCAAUUAAGGCAGGAACAACACUGUACCAGCUUACAACAGCAGGGGAAGCGGUUUCCUGGAACUCUGUAUUUGUUCUCAUGAUUCUAGCUAUUCUUUCUAUUCUGCCAGCAGUCUUCCAGAAGAAGCUUAAACAAAAGUUUGAAUAAAGAUCACAUUGGAUCUAAAUUUCCCAUAAUUCAUCUCAGGAUCAGCACUUCUGAUAUUUGUAUGUUUGUUUUUUUU